CUCACCUCUUUGUUAAUCAGUGAUCGACACAGCUGCUCUCUGUUGGGAAGUUCUUGUUACUGCUGCCGUCUACCUGCUGGCCCGCUGUCGGCUGACAACUCAUCCUAAACUCAUGGGGCAACACUCCUGAGGAAGCAUGUGACUGCCAUACCCUCACGUGUGCCAAGUAACACUAUCUCAAACUGUUUCCAGCCUGGCGUACAGUGGACUGAAUCUACAUCCUCUGUCACAGCUGAGACAUAAUCAGUUUUCAUUAUACCACAACCGUUUAGAUUCACCGAGUUGUCACCAAGGCGACCUCGGCUGUUUACAGGCAACGUUGUGUCCAUACUUGAUGAUCAGUCACCAGGACGAUCCCCGUUCACUGUGAAACAUGACGGAUAAUACCAAAGUUGAGGAAUGUUCAGUCUGCUAUAGUUCCUACGAUGAACCUCAGCUACGGCCUCGUGUUCUUCCAUGUGGCCACACAUUCUGCUCGCUGUGUGUUGACAAUGCUGUCAAGAAUGGUCAGCUGACUUGCCCCAGCUGUCGCGCCCAGCACAGUGCCACAGCUGCUGCUCACUUCCCCAUCAACUACACUGUAGAGGCCUUAGUUUUGGAACUUAAAAGUAUCCAGCCCACAUCAGUAGACACAGUGGCAGCAGAACACUCUGACGCUCCUACAAGAGGCAUCAGCAAGAAGUUACAGUCCCUGGUGGAGGAGCAGAAGAGCAGCAUCACCAGCCUCAUUAUCAGCUGUGAAGAGGUAUUGUCCCAGCUGGGUGAGUACCGGGGACAACUGGGCGACUGGAAGACUCGCCACCUCCAACUCCAGGACAGGCUGUAUGGUCUGGUAGAGCAGAACAAGGCGGCCAUGCAGCUAGUGGAACAGGAGGAUACCAGUGUCGGGGAAAUGACAACACAGGGAGAGGAAGGGAAGACUCAGCUGGAGGAGAUGUUAGGAAGCCUCGACACAGUCAACUCUGCCCAGAAGGCUGUCACAACCAUAGAGACGGCUGAUCAGUGCCAUGUGGAGGUAGAAGAUUGGCUGCAGAAAUGCCAGGAACUCUUCCCGGAUGUCAAGACUGUCCACACCUCAGUGAAGGUACAGGAGACCAUCAGAGAAGCCCUGGAGAUGAUGACCACGGAAGCAAGUGCCACAGCUGCCCCCAUCCACUUGGAAGACUCAGUUUCAACCAUCACGGAAAAAGUUCAGAAAAUUACAGAAGGAUUUCCUCUGACACAAGUGACUGUUGAGGACCUCCGCAGGAUGAACGAGCCCGUCAAGAGGCUGGUGGAUGCUGGCCGGGUGAUGGCCGUCCAGCAAGACCAAGAUGGCCGCCGCUCCGCCAGAAUAACCUUAGAAGACGGACAGCUGUACCUCCACCCACUACUGCGUCAGCCCACACCCGCCCACUCCUACACUCUCCAGGAAAGUGAGGUUGUGGGCGUACUUGACCCCUCCUGCACCCUGGCGUUCCUUGACCUCUGGUGGGCGGGGUCAAAAAGAGGGCGGGUCACUAUCCGGCUCACCCCUGACACUCCGCUGGCCAGACAGUUUGUGUUGUUGUGUACGGGCCAGCGGGGCCACACCUACCUCAACACAAAACUGUUGCGAGUGGUGGCCAAGGGUCGGCCGGGAGAAUGGGUGUGGGGCGGAGACUACGAGAGUAAUGAUGGUCGAGGAGGAGCCCCACUGCUGCCUCACCUGGAGGGUCAGUACCGGGAGUCAGGCCGGGCUGGAGCUGUGUGGUGUGGGUUGUUGCCGACUGCUCGAUUUUCCAUCCUCACCAGGGACUGUCAGGAUGGUGAUGAGUGGUCACGUGUCUUCGGUGAUGUGGUGAGUGGCCUAGAGGUGUUGAGGGCAGCAGUCAACCACAGUGACAUCAGGGAGGUGUUUGUGAUGGACUGUGGUGUUGUGCUGCCACUCUAGUUCACUGUACCAUCACCAU